GCUGUUUACGAAGAAAGCUGGGCUCCUCUGACAAAAACAAGGGCUGGGACUCUGGCGAGAGGAGCAGUGUGCCUGAAAGCACAGGCUCUUCGUCCAUUUUAAACAUUUUGUGCAUGCUUUACCUUUUCUGUUUUUUUGAGAAAAAGGCACAUUAGAGCACCAUGUUGUCGAUAAAGUCAGCCUGUCAGCUCUGCAAGAUGUUUUUCUCCUUGCACGCUGUGUUCCUGAGCGUGGCCAUGGUGGAGACCAAUGCCUCAAAUGGGAAUGAAAAAGAUUGCAUGAGAUCCAAUGGAGUGGAGUACAGAGGGGAACUACAGAGUUCUUCCUCAGGACUGACCUGUCUGAACUGGAUCAAUACCACCAGAGACUAUGAAGUUACACUCCAUCCUGAUUCACAGACAGGUGUGGGAGAUCACAAUUACUGCCGAAACCCAGACUCCUCUGAGAGGCCGUGGUGCUACAUUGCUGGCCCAGAUGGGACAGUCCAGAAGCAAUUAUGUGCCCUGGACACAUGCAAAGAACAAGCCUCUACUGAAGCUCCAGAGGCCGACCCCCUCGAGCCUACAGGAAUCAUUCCCACCACAAAGAGAUCAGAGCCAGCCAAAUCUGAAGCCUCUCAGGGCAAAGUUGCUCCAGCGCAGCCAGUGUUGGGAAUCAGCCAGCGUGUGCGCACAGGACCCAAUAAGAAAAAGGACCUUGGCACGCUCGGCUACGUUCUUGGUAUCGCCAUGAUGGCGAUUAUAAUCCUCCUUGGAAUAGGCAUCACAUUUGGCUACUUUUACAAAAGGGCUCAGGACUUAAAGAAGCAGCAUGAGCAGCGAGUGUAUGAGCGUGAGAUGCAGAGGAUCACUCUCCCCCUGUCGGCUUUCUCCAACCCCACCUGUGAGCUGGUGGACGAAAACACCAUCGUUAUCACAGCAGAGUACGAGAUUACCCCCAUCCAGGAGGGCUUGGAGGGCGGGGACCCUCUCAUGGGCCAACAAGCAGGAACCCCCGGAGCCUGAGUUGGAACCCCGUAGUCCUGAAACAGGACUGUGAUACAUCUUGGUGGACCAAAACACUUCUUCAUAUCUUCGUUUCUCCUUUCUGCCUCCCUGAGUAACCUCUGUUUUAAAAGGAGUAGGGGAGCAGUGUUUGCUCCAAAGACUUGAACUGAAUGCUGUGUCCUUUUUAUCUUGUUUCCAACAUUGGAGGCACAAACAAGUCAAGCUGUUGACUAAUGUUGCAAACAACAUUUGUCACAACUGAAAACAAUUUGAAGGUAAAACUGUUGUUAAUGAAGAAUAUCACAAGGUCUUAAAUAUUCAUGUUUAUACAUUUGAUAACCAAUGAAAUAAGCUCAUUUGCUGCCCCGACUAAUAGUAUGCAUUUCUAGUCUAAUGGGCUACUCAGUGUUUAUAAUGGUGGCCAAUUCUUUGUGAAGAGAUGGUGUUUGGAAUGGGUGUUUAUAACCUUUAGUUUUUAGUGUGUUUCCAUGUGGAGAAGUUUCUCCACAGGAGGUUUCAUUUAUAUUGACCUGUUGGCUGUGCCGACAGAAUCGUAUUUUUUUGGAGACACAAUGGUGACACAGAUUUGUAUAAAUAUAUCCUCCUCUGAGACAGGAUGAGGAAACAUGAGGUAAAACAGGCCCUCUAAAGACAAGUGAAGGCCUCCAACUCUGCCUUAGCAUGAUACUUCUGAAUGUAUUUGUUUUUCUUUAACUGGGAUGAAUAUUUUUUCUCUUUGUACUCGACUGCUGAUGCUGUGACAAAGCAUGAUGGGCAAUCAUUGGUAGACAUGAAAAGGAACUUUUCAUCUACAGGUUAAGGAGUGACAGGAAAUGAGUGCUCUCAGAAAGCAUGAGAGAAAGUACAUAGUCCUCAGGAUGUAACAGCACUGCCACAAUGCAGAACAGAAACCACAAAAAGUCUGUGCAGAGCAGGACAGCGAGUGUGUGCUGAAGAAGUCUAGAUUCACACAUUUGAGUUAUGCACUUGAUGCUUCAGUUCGCAGACACUGGUGGAGUAGAAUAGAAACAGCCCAAAGUUUGGUGUUCAUUCAGAAAAAUGAGUGCAUGGUGUAUGUUUGUAUUUUAAGGCCAUCUUUUUGCAUCCUAAAAAGAACAACUACUGAUUUAAGAAGACAUUUAAAAAAAAAAUCUGCCUGAAAAUCUUUGUAAACAGGAGACUUUAUUGUGUUACCCAUGAUGCACCGUUACUUCCAGUGUGUUUGCUAUUACUCAAUCACUCCACAUGAUCUUGUUUUGUGAUUAAUGCUGGAUCCACAUCACUGGUAAUAUUUGGUUGCUGCUGCUCCAUUAUUGUAAGAGUUUGUGUGCUGGUUGUCACUGUUGUUUUCUUCACAUAAGCAAAGUGUUUAAAGUGUUGUAUUUGUAUGACUGCAUUUUCACUCCUUAGACGGAAAUAAAAACAUCAAACUCGGACAA